GUCGACUCGAAAGCGGACGCCAUUGUUUAUUUUCCUCGUCCGAGUAGAAAAAUUUGUUAACUCCGGUUCGGUGCGAAAAGUAUAGUAGUGCGUUUUACAGUGAAUUAAUGGUGCUUAGUGCGAAAGUGUUGAAGAUUGCAGAAUUGGAUAAACUUUUAAAGGUUGAAAAAUCGAAAUUGUUUCCUCAAGAAGUGCGGUGAGUGGAGGUCGAUGUGAAAAAGGCAAAUUUCGCGGCUUGGACAUUAUAGUGCUACCAACAGUGAAGCAGUAUUACAGUCGAAAGAAACUGUGAAAAGACUUGGAUUUUCAAUGAAUAAUCUAAUCAAAACGUGUCGAGAGCGGAAGAUUAUAAUCGGUUACGCGUAGUGGAAUUCGAAUCAGAACUCUGGUGGAUUGAGUUAGUUCAGUAAAACGAGAAAUUUCAAUUUUUCACUUGUCUCGGCAUGACAGCCAAUUCAGAAACGGCUGGUGGUACCGAACUGGUACCAGCUUGUGUGAAGAAUAAUGCUAUUCUUCGCUGGAAACGCGUUACUAAUCCGAGUGGACCACAGCCACGGCCUCGCCAUGGCCAUCGUGCAGUCAACAUAAAAGAACUAAUGGUUGUUUUUGGAGGCGGUAAUGAAGGCAUUGUUGACGAACUGCAUGUCUACAAUACAGCUACCAACCAAUGGUACGUACCGGCUACCAAAGGAGAUGUUCCUCCAGGAUGUGCAGCCUAUGGUUUCGUUGUCGACGGAACUCGAAUCCUUGUAUUCGGAGGCAUGGUCGAGUAUGGCAAGUACUCGAACGAAUUGUACGAGCUACAGGCAACGAAAUGGGAAUGGAAAAAGCUUAAACCCAAGGCUCCAGAAUCAGGACCCCCACCAUGUCGACGUUUGGGACAUAGUUUCACGUUGGUUGGAGACAAGAUUUAUCUUUUCGGUGGUCUGGCUAACGAGAGCGAUGACCCGAAAAACAAUAUUCCCAAAUAUUUAAAUGAUUUGUACAUUUUGGAGAUUAAGAACAAUCAAUUGCAAUGGGAGAUUCCGACAACGUUUGGAGAAAGUCCACCGCCACGUGAGUCGCAUACGGCCGUGUCUUGGUAUGAUAAGAAGCUUAAAAAAUAUUGGUUGGUUAUCUACGGCGGCAUGUCCGGAUGCCGAUUGGGUGACUUGUGGCUUUUGGACACUGAUACAAUGUCGUGGACUCGACCAAGAACGAGUGGUCCCCUACCACUGCCUCGGUCUCUGCAUAGUUCGACUUUGAUCGGAAAUCGAAUGUACGUUUUCGGCGGCUGGGUUCCGCUGGUCAUGGAAGACGUUAAGGUGGAAAAACACGAAAAGGAAUGGAAGUGCACCAAUACCCUUGCUUGUUUGAAUCUCGAAACGAUGACCUGGGAAGAAUUAGAUCUGGACAUCGAGGAGGACAACAUGCCCCGAGCUCGAGCUGGCCACUGUGCCGUGGGCAUCCACACGAGACUCUACAUCUGGUCCGGGCGCGACGGCUACAGAAAGGCCUGGAACAACCAGGUCAGGGUAUGUUGCAAGGAUCUCUGGUACCUGGAAGUUGAGCGGCCUGCAGCGGCAUCACGCGUACAGUUGGUCCGAGCCUCCACCCAUUCUCUUGAGCUAUGCUGGCCAUCGGUUCCGUCAGCGGCUCAGUACAUUCUCGAGGUUCAGAAGAUUCCUCAACCUCCGCCACCUCCACCAGCGGUUCCUACACCGACUCCGGUAUCAAACAUUACUCCAACCGCCGCAGCUCCUUCAUCUGCUUUAACUUCACCAGUAUCGGCCAUUCCAUCGGCAGCAGCAGGAUCGGUAUCACCAGCUGGGCUUACCGCCGGAGAGCCCCUAUUGCAGCAGCCACUUAUCAAAGGUCUUCCAGGGCGUGCUGCUGCAUCACCGAUCGCAGUUUCACCAUCACCUGUUGCGGUACAGGUUGCUUCUCCGCUGGCUGCUGCUGCUUCCGCUAGCCCUAACAUUCACGGGACUAUCGGAAGUCCAGCACACAAUCCGUCGCCCGGUAUGCAAUCGCCCACGCCAAUCGCCGUGGCAGCCAUUCCAUCGUCACCGGUGCACAGCGUAACAUCACCAACUGUACAGCGUAUUGUAACUAAGGUGCAAGCCGCGAAACCGAUUCAGCAACAGCAGCCAACGAAGGUGCUGACAUCGUCCGGCAUUUUGCAGCAGCAACCGACUCAGAUCAUUCAAACCCAAGUUCAAGCAGCUCCAAGCUUACAGCAGCAGCAGCUUCAACCACAGCAGAUCACUCAAAUCACACAGCAGCCGCAAACUAUUCGCGUAGUUAGCGGAACGGCCAUAUCAAAUGCACAACAAAUCGCAACCGGCGGAACACCGAUCCGUGUGCUCUCCUCGACCGGUCAACAGGUGCGAAUUGCAACUCAACAAACUGGUGGACAACUUGUCAGCGUCAGCACUGCAACCGGACAGCAAACCGCAACGGUUCUUCGUGGUCAGAACAUUGUUACAGCUGGCACUCAUCUUCAAGCCCAGCAACGCAUUGUAAGCGCCCCAGGUUCCACCACUACAACGGCCACCAUCGGUGGAAAACAAAUCAUCCUGCAAAAACCUCUGACAAUUGUUGGUGGAGCUGGUGGUCAAACAACAGGAACGAUUAACACUGCUGGUGGUAUGACUGUGAAUCAGCCACAGAUUGUAACGCUGGUAAAGACCAGUCAAGGUAUGACCGUACAAACUCUGCCCAAGAUGAAUGUACUUCAGAAGGGAACGUCAGUUGCCGGAACCAUUCAACAGCCGCAACAAAUUGUCACAUCCAACAUUAUCGGUGGAAGUGGCACCAUCCAGCAGGCCACCGUCGGAGGUCAGAAAACGGCCGUGAUUGGUGGAAACGUGGUCAAAUUGAUGUCUUCUGCCGGAACGAUAGGAGGCAAACAAAUUUUGAUGAAAAAUCCCAACAUCGUUCAAGUCGGCAAGGUUGCCACAAACGUUGCCGGUAAACCAACCUUGGUCAUCACAAACAAGGCUGGACAGCAGAUCCGUAGCAACCAGCAGGUGAUAGUUAUGACGUCCCCGCAGGGCAUACGAACGGUGGGCGGGGCCAUUACUUCAUCGGCCAACAACUAUGUCACAUUGUCGACGUCACAAGUCAUGAAUACAAUUACAACAUCCCGCGCUACUAACAUUGGUGGAGCAACCAUACUGCAGGCGACAGGUGCUGGAACAGCCGGUGGAACCACUGCCAACAUUGGUGGUCAAGCGAUAAAACUUCGUGCCGUGCAGGGCGGCAAACCCAUAACCUUUACCGUGCCUGUCGGUGGUCUCCAGGCCGCUGGUCAAAAAAUAAGCGGAACACAAAUCAUCAACAUGCCACAGAAGGCACUGACGAUCGGUGGCAAGGCGGUAACUGUUCAGUUAGCUCCAUCGGCGGGCGGUCAGAAAACGGUGACCAUUGUGCCAUCUUCUGCCGGACAGGGUGCCGGUGGAAUUGGAACGGCCGGCGGUCCCGGACAGCAGAAAAUCGUUAUGCUGCCAUCAAAAACGACUACGCGAAUCGUUACACAGCAGCAAUACCAACAGAUUCAGCUACAACAACAGCAAGCACAACUUCAGCAACAGCAACAACAACAACAGCAGCAGCAAGAGCAAGUUUCUACUGACGCAGCCUUUGCUGCUCUGGCCGCGGAAGCUGGCCUAAUCGAAAACGAUGGCGAUCAAAUCGACCAAAUGGACGGUUGCUUCGAUUUGGUCCAUGAGGAUGAAGAAAUGGAAACGGAAGAAAGUGAAAGUAAUAAGCAAAUCGUGUGGCCAACUAUAGAUCAAAUGGACGGUUGUGGCAAUGAUUUCCUAUCGUCCGACGAUGAGAUGGAAGAUGAUGAUAUAAAUGACGUACCCGCAAGGGGGAUGCCGCGAUACGUACGAUUGGGUUUGUUUGGAGGUGCUGCUGCGUUUGAAAAUCAAAAUCCAUCCGGUGAAGCACAGGACGAAGAACAGGAUCCACUAACACAGGAUGCUGAACCAUCGACAGCUGCUUCAGGGGCUACCACUGGUGCAGCCGAUGCUAACGAGACGGAGCCACAGCCACAAGAUGCCUGUGGUGAUGAACCGGCUGAUCAAACUCCAGAAGAACCCAGUGAUUCAGUGGAUCCGCAACAACCAACAGCACCUGAAGAGGAGAGUACUUCAGGAGGGCAAGAUCAAGAAUCGCAACCCCAACAACAACAGUCUGCAGAUGAUGGUGUAAAUACUGAAAGUGGCGCUGCUGAACAACCAGCUGAAACUACAAAUGCAGAUGAAAGCGCCGCUAAUGCUGCAGCUGAUGGGGAAGAUGUUUCCAUGCAGGAUAUCUCAGCCGGCGGCGUUGAUGAACAGAAGGAACCAGCAGCAGGAGAUAAUGCUUCUUUUGGUACUGCUGCCAACGCAAAUCAACCGAACGAGUCAUCGUCGGACAUCGCUCCUGAAUCUACAGGCGAUGAAGGUUCAACUAUAACGCAGUUGGCUAACUCUGCUGCUACUGGAUCUGGAAUUACGCAACAGCACUCGGAUGCAACCGACGGUAGCGGCACUAGCAACUUGCCAACAAUGGUGGUUAGUGUGAAUAGCGCCCCCACGGCUUCGGAGACCGAAGCAGCUAACAUCCUUACCACGAUCAAGAGCGGAGAACUGCUCUCGCUGCAAAAUACCGAUUUGUUAGCCGCCUCAGGAUCCGGUGGAGAUAACAUCAUUCAAUUAAACUCCGGAUUGUUACAAUCCAGUGCCACUAUCGAGGGUUUUACGCGAUCCGUAUCCAAUGACACUCAGACGAUCACAUUCAAGACAACUUCUGCUGUUAGUGAACUAACGCCGGUUGCAGCUGAUGGAAGUCAGUUCUUAUCGAAGCAACUUUCCAGUGGUGCCAUGGUAAAAUCAGAAGAUUCUUCCGUUAAUGCCGGUGGUCAUUUGGACGCCUUGGCAGAGGCAGCUGCUUCUGCUACGUCCGUUCCAUCCGAUAUAUUGAGCACAACGGCGAGUACGCCGGCAAGUGUCGCGAGGGCACCUUUGACUAUUGCUGUGGCUUCAACACAACCGUCACAAACGUCAACCACAACGAUUAAGUACUUCGAUGCAAACUCGAAGCAGUUCACUCUGUCUUCGCCAUUGCUCCAGUCGCCCGUCAAUCCGCCAGCGAACAUUCUGAGCAAUAGCAACGGCAAUAGUAUUGUUGGGGCCACCGGGACUGCUGUUCCCACCGUGGUAACCACAAUCCAGGGAAGUGCUGUUUCUGCGGCAGGAAAAAAUACAAUAGCCGCGAAAUCUGGACGACCCAGCGUGAAAACGAAAGAAGAGAAAGACGACCCUAAAAUCAAAAUCAAAGAUGAAUCGGAAAAAUGGUACACGGUUGGUAUAUUCAAGGGGCUAUCCCACACCGUUUCCAAUUACGUCGACUUCGACGAAUGGAAUUGCUUGUACGACGGCGAUACCCUGACCGCUGAUAACCUUCCUGAUCUGACCAAAUUCAAGCGAAUUAAUCUGGAACCGGGCUGCGCUUAUCGGUUCCGCGUCGCUGCCAUCAACAGCUGCGGCCGAGGUGAGUGGAGUGACGUGGCUCCGUUUAAAACUUGCCUGCCCGGUUUCCCGGGUGCACCGUCGGCAAUCAAAAUCUCGAAGUCGCCAGAAGGGGCGCACCUCUCGUGGGAACCACCACCAUCGACCACCGGAGACAUUCUCGAAUACUCGGUUUACCUGGCGGUAAAAUCGCAGAACGCGAAAGACAAAGCCAAUCAAUCGGCACAACUUGCAUUCGUGCGGGUCUACUGCGGUCCAAACAACCAGUGUACCGUUCCGAAUCAGUCGCUUUCGACUGCGCAUGUCGAUUACACCUCCAAACCGGCGAUCAUUUUCCGUAUUGCUGCCCGAAAUGACAAGGGCUACGGACCGGCGACGCAGGUUAGGUGGUUGCAAGAUCCUCAAUCGGCCAAAGGAGCACCGACCACCGGAGCUGGCACCGGUUCGUCACCAUCGGGCACGAAACGGCUCAAUGAAAAAAGUCCCUCAACAACAGCGAAACGGGCCAAAACCGGAGCCAAUUCUUCGAUGAUCGUUUCACCCACAGCAUAAACCGGACAAAAGCAAAUUCUGAACAUUGUGUAUAAAGUCAAUCAUUAAUAGUACAUAGUCGAAUGUAAAAUUUCAACAUUCACUUAUGGACUCCGUGGGUUUGGCGUGAAAGAUUUACUGUCUGUGUCAUGAAUGCGAAUGCCUACUUUGCAAGAAUGUGAUGUUCGUCACCACGGAUAGAUCUAAGGCUUGAUUUAAAACGAGUAAACUCCCAUAAACGUAAAGUAAGAAGUUCCAAGAAUUCCCGGUAUUGCUAGGUUACAGGUCAGGGUCAGUCGAACUUCUGCCUCCACAGUAGUAGAGGAGUAUGUGAAAUAAACUAUUAACCAGUUUUAAGACAAGAGAAAUCCGAUAUCUAGUUAAUCAUAAUGCACUAGUGACUAGCGUAAAGUAAUCCUCAGUUUACGAAGUUUUUCUCCUUCAUUUUUUAUGAUUGAUUAAAGCAAAUAUUACUAGAAUAUUAUGGAUAUAGCGUAAAUUAGCAACGUUAGAAUGAAACACUGUAAAAAAACAUUUUUAAGUUCGGAAGGUGCAUUGGGAUAAACCGAGUGGUGUUUUAUUAGGUACAGCACAGCAGGAUUACCAACAUGUAAACUUAUUCAGAAUAGGAACUCGUAAAAUAUUAACGGUGUGCAUUAUUACGCGACGCAGUUGAACCAAUAUUCGAAACAAGAAAACGAAUUGAAUGAAAAUUUCGUUUCAUAGAAAAUUUACUCCCAAGACAUAAGGAAACACCACCGAAUGGAAAUUUUGACCAGUUUUUCAAUUAGGUACCGACAGUAGUAGGUACCGUAAAUGACGACUUCCCGAACGCGGCAUUAAACAGCGAGAGUAUCUCUCGACCAGCCGUAGACAUCUGAACACCGAAUUUCCGCUAGAGUUCCCUAUUACUUUGCCUGCACAGAUUUUUUUAUUUUGAUUUUCAUCUAUUUAGUGAUGUAAGGCAAGUUUUUAACUAUCGAUAAGCAGUUUGUACAAGGAAGCAAGUUCAGAUCAGAAAGAAAAAGUAAUCUGAGAAUCGUAGGAAUUAAAACUCUUUCUAAAAGAAAUUCAGAACUCUAAAUCUAAACGACAAGAGCGAAGGUGCAACAACUCUAUAUGUAACCCUUGUACCAACCAACCAUAACGAAAUUAAGUGUGAAAAAUAUAUUUAAAGAAAAACUAUAAAUAACUAAAAGCGACCGUAUGACUACGUACAUAUAAUUGUUGUGAUUUCCUAAGUAAAAAAACACACGAUUUGAGUUUGAAUAGUGUAAGAGAUCAUCCCCCAUACUUUUUUUUCUUUAUUUGCUCGGGUAGUCUAAAAUAGAGGGCUGAGACGCUUUGAAUAUUGAUUGAUUAGAAGAGAACAACAAGAAAACUAUUGAAAAAGUAAGAAGCAACCUUUUCGUUCUUUUUGGGAAAAGUAAUAGAAUAAAGUAAAGGUAUUUGUUAA